AUGCUUUUAUUCGUUUUGCUAGGCGCUGAGACGGAAAAAUGGGAUGAACGAGAAGUUCAGUGGAGGAUUCUAGAGAAAGAAGAAAGGAUUCUGGGAAAUGAUUCCCGUCUCUUGCGUUACAUCAGGGAUUACGUUCUCAUUCCACCGCUUCCCAGAAAGGUUCCUUACAGGCUUUCCAGUCCAAAGAAGCAUCACUUCUCCCAGAUUGGUGACCAAGUUACUUUUCUGAAAACGUACUUUGGGAACACUAGUGGUGGAUUCUUCAUCGAAGCAGGGGCGUAUGAAGGCGAGGCACUUUCCAAUACCCUCUGGCUAGAGAGGGAAAGAAAUUGGACAGGUCUCCUCAUCGAACCCGACUCCACAAAUUUUGCAUGUUUAAAACAAAAGCGAAGAAAGUCUUGGCUGGCUCAUUCAUGUCUCAGCCCUCUCCCAUACGCCCAAAAGAUGUCUUUGGAAGGAGGGGGAUCUGGUGGAAGAAUGACACCUAGCAGACAGGAAAAGAAUAGGCAGAUGCAUAACAUAAUUUGUUUUCCUUUAGAGUCUUUCCUUUGGGCUAUUGGUCAAUCCAAGGUAGACUUCUUUAGCCUGGAUAUUGAGGGAUUAGAUUACAAAGUCCUCUCCAGCAUCCCCUGGGACAUUCUCGACAUCCGGGUCCUGCUGGUGGAAACCUACCACGUAGAAAGAAAUGAUGUUCUGAGGUUCAUGGCAGAAAAGAAGUAUCGACAUGUGCAAAAUAUAUCUGCUGAUGAUGUUUUUGAAAAACUUCGGAAUUGA